GAAAGGGUUACCGAACGGAUUACAUCAUUAAUCAAAAGCGAAUCCUUAAAUGAAAUGCCCUUACGUGGACCACAUAUUGCACGUCUCACAAUGAUUAAAAAAUUGCUAGAAAAUAAAAUUAUUCCAAGUUCUCAACUAGGCGAUCCUCACGAGUGUAUAUUUGAAUACAUCAGUUUAUUUCACAGCAAACCAUGCUGUUACAUUGAUUUGAAGCCUUUUUUAUUCUUGAUAAGAGAAGAUCAGGUUACCCCAUUCUUGCAAAGAGUCUCGGAUUUUGUCGAUCAGCUAAGAGCUAAAUAUAGUGAUAAAAAAGAAAAGGUCAUGGAUGUACGUUGGGCGGAUAUUUUUUAUCAACGCUUGCGACGUGGACUCGGUCUGCAUAGCAAGUUUUCGGCUAUUGAAAAAAGGCAAGCCGUUGGUUACAUGAUAGAAAUGAUUGAUAAUUGUUCUGACUCAGAGCUUGCUGCAGCUGCCUAUGCAUAUAUAGCUGCUAGUAUUUUAUGGGAUUUGUAUGCUGAAAGCGGUGAUGUCAAAGCAUUGUAUGAGUUGAUUUUGCUGCUAGAGUGGGUUAUAAAAAAUCAUCAGUCGGAUCAGAUUAGCGCUGUUAUUUUAUGUAAAGCAUACUCAUCCAUCGGUAUUACAACUCGAGUACAGAGACUUAUUCGAGGAUUAGAUAUAAAGUAUAUUCAAAAAGAUACUUUGGGUGAGUUGCUCUCUUUCAUAUUCAUAAUCUUUGUUUUAUCAACAAAAGUGCUAAUAAAAGACUAUGGAGAGUGUUUUUGCUAA